AUGCUGCUUCAUUGGAUUCUGUUUUUCAAUUUUCUAUCUAUCGUGACUUUGGUCAAAAAUGCGAUGAUCCAAUUGGUUCCCGAUGCUCCCUCUUUUGCCAUACAUGGGAAACGGAUUAGUAAUUUGGAAAGCAUCACCCUUCAAGUGAACGAAAAAUCGGAUAUUCUCAUUGACUACACGCAGAAUGGCUGCUCUAAUCUGGAGAAAGGCUACUGCUCUGAUGCGCCCCAAGUCACUAUCAAUGGAGUGGGCUGGGAGAAAUGCGGUGAUGUCGAAGAAAUACCCUUCUCCGACAAGAAUGACCAACUUGGAGGCUAUUUCUAUCGUUCCUCCUCACAAAUGAUCGAUCAGACAGAGCUAGUGAUUGCGAUGACCGAUGCGCUUCCAAAAAACGACGACUUUGCCAUUUCAUUCCGAGUCCGUCAAUGGGUUAACGUAUCAAAGAAAAUUUUCGUUUUUCCUGGAAUACCUUCGAAUAAUCAAUUUAAUGGUGAUGGCUAUUUUAAAGUUUUUGUGAAUGAAGGUGUCAUCGCCACCGUUCUUCCAAAUCCCGAUAACUACAACUACGGUGCUUGGGAUGGUGGUCCAGUGACGGUUCAAUCGGCAGUGAAGUCAGUGACGAAAUGCCCAUAUUUUUGGCAAAAUAUCACUUGCCCAGCCGAAACCACUUACUCGAUUUUUAGUGGAUCCGAUCCCGGGAAUAAAAUGGAUUCAACCAAUUUGUUGUUGAAAGCUGACGGAGACAUUUUGGUGACAACAAGAACGACGGCUUCAACGAUAUUCACAAAUGAUGCUUGCUCUUUUUGUUUACUCUAUGAUUCUCGAUCACCUGCAGCCAACGGUCUCCUU